AUGGCAACAGUAUCACAUACUCAUAUAUCAACGAUCGAAAGAAAAAAAAAUUCAACAUCUUCUCCAUUAUUAUUAGCAAAAAAAACACAAACUACUACGGUAUCAAUCGGAAGGACUAUCAAUCCAUUCGAGAAACGUCUCAAUCAUAUACGUAUUCAUCUUUUAAAUAAUAGAAUACAACGGAAAAUAACAUAUCAUGAACCAACACUUGUUUUCGAUAAAUUUCUUUAUUUAGGCGGUCUUAAAUCAUUACAAGAUAAAAAUCGUCUCAUUCGUCUAAAUAUAACUCAUAUCCUAUCAGUUAUUUGGAUUCGACCAAAAAAAGAUUAUAUUUCUUCUAAUGUCAAACAUCUUUUUAUAAAAGCUCAAGAUACUAUAUCAUUUAAUAUGGCACCAUAUUUCGAACAAGCUUGUCAAUUUAUUGACGAAGCUCGACAAUCAAAUGGUUGUGUACUUGUUCAUUGUGCAUGUGGAGUAUCUCGUUCCACAACAUUAUGUUGUGCAUAUUUAAUAAAACAUCAUUCAAUGUCAAUUGAACAAGCUGUAAAUGAAAUUCGUUCGCAUCGUCCUAUUGUACAACCAAAUACUGGUUUUCUUCGUCAAUUAAUUCAUUACAAUGAACAAAUAGAAUGUGAUAAAACAAAGAUUAAUACAAUUGUAGAACAAUUGGAAAAAAUUUAA